UCUGAAAACCACCAAACCUCUCUCUCUCUCUCUCUCUCUCUCUCUGCAUGGAUUUGCUGGAGAUGGGUGAUUUCAAUGGGUUUUGGACUAACGAGAAGCACAUAUCCUUUCUUAACCGGAUAGAAGCUUCCUUCGUUAGAAAGAUGCUUGAAAAUGAAGACGAUUGCUUGCUAACGUACGCCCAUGGUGCUCUUCCUUCUCAUCGUCAUGAUUAUGAUCAUCAUCACCGUCCUCGCCUCGACCGUUAUCUCCCUGACAGUGCUGAGUCGACCCUUGAUUUCGAAGAAGGAAAUAACAGAGGGAAAACCCGAGUAAUCGAUGAAAUUGUGGGAAGAUCCGGCACGUGCGAUGUUAGGGAGGAUGGCGAGAAGACGAGGAAAGGGUCUUAUCGUCCGUACAAUGCAUCCCAAGAUCAGGUGGUCCCGCAGCUAGCGCACUUGAAAACCGACAGGGAUGAGGAAAGAGGCGUACUUGAAAUCGCUGUCCCGAGAGCUACUGAACGGGAUUGAAGGUGGGGGUACAUUUGCUUUUUCCAUGCAGCUUGUCGUACACGGAUGCGUUAGUUCUACGAGUGGGCGGAUUGGAUUAAUGUUAGCUCAGAUAUUUAUUUCUUUUCGAGUUUUGGGUUUGUUGUAAAUGGUUGUUUUUAUAAAAAAUAAAAAAUAAAAAUUCGUGGAAAUGAUUUAGUGGAUGAGUGUACUGUAACAUUAAAUUCUCUCCUAUAUGAAACUAAUAGUUUUGGACAAUUUUGCCCUUGCUAUUAGUUUUGUGAGAGUUUCAAACUUUGACAAUUAAAAUUACAUGAAAAGGUUUCCAACAUAAGUCAGGGGUAUUUACGGCA